AUGGAGGAACGCGAGAAAGAACCCGAAGAAGGCGAAGAGGAAAUUAGAGAAACACCGCUUGAAGCGAACAAUGAAGAGCUGCAGCAUAGAGGAGGGCUUCCACCUCAGGAAAAUUUGGAGGAGGGAGAGGUUGAAGAGGAGCAGCAGGAAAUAGACGAAGAAAAGGAGGAGGAGGAGCAGGAAGAGGAGGAGGAAGAGAUGACGGGAGAAGAACAAGUGGAAGAGGAGGGAGAGGAGGAGGAAAGGGAACAAGCACGUAUUGGCGAGGUCAGAAAUUUUAAUCAUUUGCUAUUAAUCGGGGAAAAUUCGUGCCGCUUUAGAAAUUUUGCGAUAUUAGGAAGAGAGGCGAUAUUCCGUUUGCGUCCGCUGCCCGAAGGAGUCGAAGUUUAUAACUGGUUUAAAAACGCAUUCACUGAAAUUCAUGCUUACGCAUUGCAUACCUCCGAACUGCAUGAUUACGUGGGAUUUACAUUCGAUUCGGCGGAUUUAACGCACGGCUCGGCGGAAUUAUCGUUUCGGCCGGCAUGCGACUUAACUCGCGAGGACAUUUGGCGCCUUGUGAGUUCAGUAGCGCAAAGCGCCGGAGGUCUCGAUAUCGCACGGGAUUUUAACGUACGCGUUUUCAAUGUCGCGAUACCCAGAGAUCGCGGGUGUGUUUCGAAUAAACUUACUCGGGAAGACGUUGUGAAACGUUCGAUUUUAACAAUCUCCAAUUCGGAUAAUUUAUGUUUUCCCCCCGCUCUCUGGUGUCCGCGCAAAUUUAUCACGAACGCGGUACGUCGCGGAGGAACUUCACGAGCGGAAUGUGGUAAGACAUCAGAAUUCCUCAUUACAACGCGAACUCGCAUUGGAUUUGAUGAGAAGGGCUGGCGUCACCAUUUCGCCGGAGGGUUGCGGGAUUCGGGAAAUAGAAUGUUUCCAACGCUUUCUCGCCGCAUCCGAUAUCGCCAUUAUUGUUUAUAAUUUUGCUACUUUCGGGCGCGAUGAGAGAUCUUUAUUCGAUGGAAUCGCGGUACUCGCCUCUUUAGAACGUGAGCCUUUGUAUCGAAUAAAUAUUAUAUAUUAUGAGCAACAACAACAUUAUAGUCCUAUUUUAAAUUUAAAAGCAGCCUCGGGAAGUAGAGGGGUUAUCGUAUACCGUGUAAUAUCGGUUAUCGAGAAGAAAGGAAUCACCGCUGUUCAAACAAAUGUUCUCGUUGUAACAAAGCACCGCCGUGCGAGCAACGUGAAAUCGUAGAACCUAUUAGGUGUGAGACUUGCAAACGAUCAUUCUUAGGAAACGCAUGUUUCGAACAUCAUCGGACGACAAAGUCAUACGACGGAAACACCGGCGAGCGUCUGCAAUA